AUGAAGACUACUCUCCCAUCAGUACUGGCAUUUGCUUCGGUGCUUUCUGUAGCUCUAGCAAAUUGCAACUUCCCAUUAUGCGACUCUGGACCAGUGGGAAGUUUUGACGACAACAAGUGCAAGGGCAGGGUUCACAGAGUCGGCAAAAACCCACGUGGACAGGCUGGAGUAUUCCAAGGCGGGCCAGAUCAUUGGGACUGGGAGGUCAAAACAACUUACUACAAGAUCAACAUCUGGGAUAGCGGCUUAGUUACGUACGAUAGUGGAGCAGGUAAGGCCUGUAUUAUGCGAAUAGCCCAAGGGAAUGCACUGCACGACGUUGUACUCCCACCAGACAACGCACAAAACCCCAACUGGAAUGGACCUGGAUGCUGCCUGGAUUCGAAUCUUAUUUAUGGUAUUAAUGAUGUUUGGGUAUGGAAUUGA